UCUCUCUCCUGCACUCUGUUUCUCGCUCGCACAAUUUCUACAUGUCUCUGUCGCUACGGCAACCAAUGCUUUUCCCCACUUCCAGGCUUUCUCCCUCUCUCCCACUCCCAUCUUCAGGGGCUUGAGAGAUGAUUGGAACAGCAAAGACUCAGUGAAAAACCAGAAGCGAUGGAGCGAUGCUGUGCGUUCUUUAUGCAUAUCUAGCUUUUUCUUUUCAAUCCCACCUUCCGUCUUUCCGUUGCUUUGUAUGUCCUUCCCCCAGCUCCAUCUCUCCCCACAUUGGAUUCAUUCCCCUUUGGAGCUUCCUGCUGGUCCCUGUCAUUUUUUGCACUGCCACCAGUGACACGAAUGACAGGAAGUGGGAGGAGCUCGGAGAGAUGCAGAUGCCCGUUACAGCGCAGGCCACCACCACUCAGCUCUGGGCGGUGGUCUGGGGUCCCACGCAACCGCUGGAGGAUGAAACGCAUCACUUCCUGUCCAGCCUGGAGACCGAGAGCCUGAAGAUGACCACGUCCGAGGACUUGUCACAUCAUCGGGGCCAGCCUGCCAAUCAGACCCAACAGCCAACGACAGGAGAGGAGGAGAGAAAAGAUACAGGGGAGCAGGAGACCCAAGAAGUGGACCCACAGUUUUACGUGACUGUGACGAUUUCAUCUCUGCUGAUUCUCUCUGCUGUCAUCAUCUCUGCUAAACUCUGUUAUGACCGGAGCCUCUCUCAUCGUCCUCCUCCUCUCUCUCUCGCCAUCCCUCGCGCCAUAGCUCAGGAGGACAGCAGGCAGACACUGCACAGCACUCCAUCCUUCCCCGACAGAGAGAGGAUACCAGUGGUCAAUCUUUGAAGAGCCGACUGUUCCGAGCACGAUAAUCAUUUCCUGCGGGUAUAUCACAGACUUUGGUGUGAACACAUCUGAAUGUACGUACAUACGAUGUAUAUACACGCAUAUGGAUUUCCAGAUUGAUGCAACUCUUUGGACGCUCUGAUGAAGACAUUGGGUACAUAACUGAAAACUAUGAGAGAGUUUGUGUUUCGACAUUUGCUGGUGUACUUCUUUCUUCCACUGCUGUUUGUAUAGUAUUACGUUACUGAGCUUUCAGCGCAGCCAUUUACAAGGGCUCGGGGAGCGCUACUCAACCAUGAACACAAUCAUUAGCUUCUGAUCUUCGAAUAAGCUGUGAUGUAUUUGGUCAUUCAUUUAGUAUCCAGCGUGACAUGCUCGCAGUAGCCUUUCUCAUGCAUACAAAGACCCAAAGGUCACAUUCAUUCGCCUAGCUCUGCGUUUAUCGCACUGUGUGUAUCAUUUCUUUUGACCAAGCGCCUGCCAUUAUUUUGACGAGUUAAAUAUAGUUCACAUGCUCUGUUUUGUUUAAUACGGCUUUGCGUCACAUGGCAACGACGGACGGCGUUGACGUCAACCGAUAGAAUCAGAUCUCUGGAAGGACCUCUGCUGUGUUAACUUAUAAUUUACACUGAUGAUCAGUGGUUUUUGUAAUUAUGGUUACUGUUUUACUUUUUUUAAUUACUUUACUUUUUUUUAUUACUGUCGAGGUGUUCGUGAAACCUACGUAAUUCUAUUUAAAGUGUGUUAUGCUUAUCAACGUUAGUCUUCGACAUUGUGGCCAUAUAUCUCUGCCCGGUUGCGUGGAAACACAACCUUGAUGGAGCAUUAACAAAAGAGACUUGGAGGAGAAUGUUUGGAAGAGAUAUUAGCAGUUUUAUAACGAUAAACAUUAUAAAGCAUCUAGGAAAAUAGCCGAUGUGAUUGAUGCCACUGUCAGGGAUUUUUGGAAGUUUUAUGCUGUUUAUGGAGAGCACACUCUUAAACAUUUGUAUUGAGAUGAAAAGAAAGAUUGCAGUUCAGAUGAUAUAAAGCUGCAAAUAAACCACCCCCAACUUAAGACAGCAACACUUUGUUUUGAAUAUGGCUACCUAGUCGAGCAGCAUGAAUCGCUUUUUGCAUUUGUCAUUUAUUUUGAUUUUUUGCUGGUUAGAAGACUUUAAGGAUUCCAUUUUCUUGAAUGAAACUCUGCUUUAGGCUACAUUUUUCUUCACAGAACUCGCCCCCGUUUGUACUUGAAAGGAAGUGAAAAAUCUAAAUAACAACAAAUAUUCCUUCACCUGGGCUGUUGGAAUGAUCAAAACAUCGGAUGUGCCAUUGAAGUUUCUAGAUAAGUAUCUCUUUUUUAAAACAUGCACAAGAAGCUACAUCAUGUGAAAGAUGUAUAGAAAUGUUUUACAUCCUCCAUGUAGCACUGCCUUAAAUGUGAUUCAAUGUACUAUGGAAAUAAAAAAGCCAUCUCUGGUGUUUCAAAAC